ACCCAAUUUUGCUUUUGUUAUUGUUUUUGUGUGGAAUACUCACAAAACCCAAAUUGACGCAUAGUAUCACAGUCAACAAAACAGAGAUUGAAGUGAGCUCAACUUCAUCUCCUACUUGCUAGUAAAACCGAAGCUUCAACAAUGGCGGACUCUAACCCUACUCCUCCAUCUCCCAACAAUCCGUCGAAAACUUCGUCUUCAACACCGAAUAUGGCGCCGAAAAAACCCUCCGAAUCUGAAAUUGCGUCGUUAAUUAAAGCAUAUUGGAUCCCCGCGACACUUUUCUCUCUCUUCUUCGUCUUUCAACUCGUCUUUCUCCCUAGCGCUUUCCCCGCUUCUCAUUAUGACGUUAUUGGCGUCAGUAGAUUGAGUUCGAUUGAAGAAGUGAAAGCGGCUUAUGAUAACUUAGCUUCCAAGUGGAAUUCAGGUGCUGAACUCCCUACCACUAAUGAUUUUAUCAAGAUUCGUUAUGCUUAUGAAUUGUUGACUGAUCCAUUAUGGAAGAGAGACUAUGACCUAUUUGGCAUUGACGAGCAUCAAGAUGUUCUGGAAAACAUUUUGCAGUACAAUUCUGAUAAAGAGUACUCCUUAGUGAACCUUCCUUUACUUGUUGGUCCUGCAGACUCUCUUGACAUUGAUUUUGAUUCUAAUUCUGCUGGAGAUUUCCAGUCGAUCGUAGGGGGUCAGAGGCCGAGGUUAAUCCAGGUAUAUUCAAAUGGAAGCAAUUUAUGCAAACAAUUUUCAAGAAAUUGGAAGAAAAUUGGUACAUUGUUGGGUGAGAUUGCUGACACCGGUGUAGUGGAGCUCGGGGAAGUAAAGCUUGCUUCUCAACUUGCUGAGAAGAAAACAACAGGGCAACUUUUCUUCCGAAAUGGUCUUCCUUCUCUGAUUGCAGUUCCUCAAGGGUGUAAAACAUCCAACUGUCUUGUUAGGUAUGAAGGAGAUCUCUCGGUUGAUGCAGUUACAGAUUGGUUUGCAAUAACGAUACUGAGGUUACCUCGCAUUCCUUAUUACACAAAGGACACAUUGGUUCCAAGAUUUCUGGCUAAGAGUAGUUAUCAUAAGGUAAAAGUCUUGUUCUUCUCAGACACAGGGAUGCGUGCAACACCAUUUAUGCGUCAACUUGCCAGGAAUUAUCAGGACUAUGCUUCCUUUGCGUGUGUUCUUUGGAGGGAAGAAGAAUAUACCUAUUGGUCGUCUAUAUAUGAUGUGGAAUCUGCUCCGGCCACUGUCUUCUUGAGAGAUCCAGGCACUAAACCUUUGGUGGUUUAUGGUGCUGUAAACAGUUCAUGGUUUGUGGAUGUCAUGGAAGAUAAUAAAUUGCAUGAACUUCCGCAAUUGAGGACCAUGACAUCAAUGGAGUUGGGUUGCGAUUCACGUGGUUAUUCCCGUGCAGGGACCAAUACUAAGAUUUGGUAUUGUGCCAUUGUUGUUGGAAGGGCAAGCCCAGAAUUGAACGAAAUGCGUGAGGUUCUGCGCAGGGCCCAACAAACAUUAUCAGAGAAGAGUUAUCCGGAUGCACCUUAUUCCGAUGAGUUGGAAGCACAUUCAGCCACUGCACUCAAAGACAAACGAUUAACCUUAACUUGGAUGGAUGGAGAGGUGCAAAAGAACUUAUGCAUGUUCUACAUCGGUGGUGAGCUUAGCCUGGAUUGUUGUGGUCCAAGAAGAGGUAUUGAAGAUGCACCACAAGUGGUUAUGGUGCGUUACAUGAGAAAUGAUUCAAUAGAUGAUCCUAAAGAUCAGAGAUCCUCCACUAGUUUACUGGACAGUCUUAAAGAGGAUGUAGAUCCUGUAUCUCAAUUGGUAGCACGAUACAAUGGCUCCGCUGAACCGUUACAGAUUAUUGAAUGGAUUUCGAAGAAUAUCAAAGAUGGUGACUCGGCGAAACUUCCUUUCUAUAGAACAAGCACACCUGAGCUUGUUUCCGAGAACCCCGAUCCACUUUGGUUCGUUAGUGGUGAAAAAAUUGUUUCAACUAGAGAUGGAAUAAAACAUAGACUUCAGAGAGUCAUAACUUGGUGUCGUGAUCUUUCUGGUGAUCCAAGGAUUGGUCCACUGUUACUUCUUGGAGCAUUAUUGUCUUUUGGUGGAAUUUGGUUCCGUCGCAGUCAACCAACUCCUUCAAAUGAAUCUAGUCAGUCGCAACAAACCCAUACCAAGAAAGAAAUCCCAAAAGAAUGGAGAAAUCGAAGAAGACCUAGUGCAACUUCAGACGUUCCUCCUUCAAUGACUGACAUGGAGCCGAAAGAUGCUUGUCAAGUGGAAUUCUCAGAUUCAGACUCUGAAUAGAAUCAAGCUAAUUAGCAGUUUAGCACCAAUUUUGGUAGAUCGAAUGUCGUGCUGGAGGAUUUAUUUACAGCUUAUUGGGAGAAUGCAUCUAGGUCAUAGAAGCUGAUACUUCAAUAGGGAGUUUAUCAAAUAUCUUUGUAAAUGAUUUAAGUUAUGCAUUUGAAUAUCUUUGUGAUAUUGCAUGAGAUAUUCUCUUUUUAUACUAUGUAUAUAUCAACCCGUCUACUAAUUGGAAUUGAGUACACAACUUUGUUUUGUGAUGUA